AUGGCCUCCUGCAAGUUAGAAACAUCGCGACGUGUACUAAUCACAGGUCUGAAUCGCGAGGUGGGUUCUUGUACAAAAUCAGAGCAGGGCAUUAAACCCCGUGCGCUAACGCUGUCGUGCGGCUUGCGCAGGGACUUCGCGUACGUGGCACGCGACCGCAGCACCCGCAAACACAUGUGCCACGUGUUCCGCUGCGACAUCCCGGCGCGUACGAUCGCCAACACGCUGCGUGACAUCUGCAAGAAGAUCAUGAUCGAACGCAGCCUGCAGCAGAAUCUCGCCAAGCCCGUCGACAUUGGUCUAUUUAAUGAGUUUCUUUUUGGUGCUGCAACAGGAGGAGUUGGAGGUGGUCGUGCAGGUCUUGCUGCUCGUCCUACAAAUCUCCCUACAGAGCAUCGACGCUUCCAUCACCGUAAUGGACAAGCACUUGUCACACAGUCAUUCCCCACACCAAUGGAAGAACCAAAGAAGGUUUUACGUGCACAGUACCUGGGUAGUACUCAAGUAACACGAGCAAAAGGUGUUGAUAUCCUCAACGAUGCCAUUGACAAAAUGUUGGCCACUGUCCCACAAGAACAGUGGAGACCUGUCAGUGUUGCUGUGGCUCCAUCCAUGAUUUCUAUUUGUCAACCUGGGGAGGAGGGCCACUUAUUAGCAGAAUGUCGAGUUCGAUACCUUUCCUUCCUUGGCAUUGGACGCAAUGUCAAACAGUGUGGUUUUAUUGUCCACACAGCACAGGAUCAGUUUGUGGCGCACAUCUUCCACUGCGAGCCAUCUUCAGGAGCCCUAUGCAAGACUCUCCGGUACCAGAAGUGUCUGGAUGCACAUCCGCAAGGUGCAGGGCGUGGUGGUACUGGUGGCUCUCACACUCCUGGCCGAGGUCUGGGCGCCACCCUAAAGUCCUUGGUUGGCGCAUUGGCUGGACGGCGAUUACGAGGCGCAGACUCCUGAGACGAGGCCCUCUCCCUGCAGGAGCUUUGGCCACUACCUGCAGAGCGUGAAGUGAUUCCACAUCGUCACUUACAGUCACCGCUGACAUUGAAAUAUUUUGCAGCUGGAGGUAUAAGCCCUCCAUCUGCAGCCCUGCGGUCACUGCUGUCUCCUCCGCGCGAUGCACGGCGCCCUCGGCCAGUUCGUUGGGAAUAAGCCCUGUGGGGACCCACAGAGAGUAUAAAUAUAUACAUAACUAUUGAGUAUAUAAAUAUCUGUAUAAACUUGCAUGUAUGUUUUUGAGUUCAGUGUUAUCAUUUUCCCUUCGGCGUGUGCUGAUUUGGGCUUGGGGUGUGAUUGAAAUUGCCCUUCCCACAGCCAUCGCCUCUGCAGCUUUUCUGUGUCCUUCUUACUGGCUUCUGAAAUUGUACAGAGUAGUGCCCUAAGAUAUUGUAUAGGGGGACAUACAAGAUUUUGUUCUGUUGUACAUGUGUGACUUUUAUUGAAAACAAUCCUUCCAUUGCCAAAGCAAAUGCUUCAAGUAAUGUGUGUUCUCAGUAAUGUGAUUGACUGAAAAGAAACAUAAGUACCCUUUUGGCUUAAGCUUUUGAGUGUAAGUUGUGAACAAGUGGGGAGGUAGGGCUUAUCUGUGCUGCCUAUCAUGCAAUCACUGAUAUGGACUUACUUAUUUGAUGGACAUUUGAGUGAGUUGCAUGAAAAUUGCUCCCAUUUUCUCCGGUUUCUCUAGUUUUUCUAGCAUUGCAACGUAUUGUGACAUGUACAGAAUAUAUUGAAAAUGACCAUUGUUAGCAUUGUGAAGCAUUCGAAGCCUGGAAGAAUUUUGGGUAAUGGCAUAGAUGGAUUUGCACUUUACACCCAAAUUGUAGAUAAGGUCAUUGUUGCAUGUGUAUUUAAUGUACUCAAUUAACAAAAAAAUAUUUUGUAUGUAUUAAUGCUCAUAUUCUCUGUGAAAUCUGAAGAGUGGGAGUUCAGAUCAGAAGAAGCCUAGUUUCAGCCAGUGUAUCAGCACGAGGUGCCACUGAUUGAUGAAUCUAGUCUUGGCAAUUGAAAUACUCAUGUUUAAUAGCAGUCACACAUGUCCAUAACACAGCUCUUGAAAUAUCACCUUAUGCCAGUACCAGUGAUAAGGGCAGACUGGGUCAGUUUGUCGCAGUAUCGCUUGCUUUAACUUGCAGCCAUUUCCAGGCGCGGCACAGAGAACACACAUGCACCUCUGCAUGCACUUAGUAGCUGGUCUGCAGGGCUCGGGAUGUCGCAAUGGGAAUGGCAGUGAUGUGUGUGUUGAUAUUGUUGUCACUUACGAAGCCAUAAGGCUGUUGGGAGAAGUAACUGUGCCCUGGCAGCCCUUCGUCUUAGGCCUGUAACCGACACCCAGAGGAAAAAAAAUAUUCUGGAAAAUCUCCUGUAGAAGCUUGUGUAAAAUUUGAAGUAUUGCUUAAAGAAAUGGCUUUAUCAUUCAUUUAUCACAAACUAUCUGUGCUGAGCUGUUCAAUGUAGAUAUCAGUGUGUACGCUAUGUGUAAGCGUACAUUUGAGGCCACACAGCACUUUCAUUAAUUCUCCUUAUAUUUGUUGCUGUCUACUAAGAUGUAAUAUCUGGCCAUAACAUAAUGAACUGUUUGCUUAAUUUACCAUUCAUUGUACAAAUUGUAUACUUCCCACCCUGCUGAUUGAAUUUGAAACUAAUAAAGAUAUAAAAAAUAAU